AUGCGAGGCGCUCCAAUCGUUCUGCUCUACGCCGCGACCCUCGCGUCCGGCAUGGUCAUCACUCCCCGAGAGGCUGAGGCUCGCAUUGCCAUCCGCGGCGGUGGUGGUGAUGAGCACGGCGGUGGUGGUGGUGACUGGUGGGGUCACGGUGGUGGUGAUCAUGGAGAUCAUGGAGACCACGGUGACCACGGCGGCAACCCGGAGACUACUCCAUGCGAGACCGAGACUCCUCCUCCCGUAGAGACCUCGACUCCAUGUGAGACUGAUACUCCUACUCCUCCUCCGGUUGUCACUCCCACCUCCACCCCGUGUGAGACUGAUACUCCCACUCCUCCCCCGGUCGAGACAUCUACUCCUUGUGAGACUGAUACUCCUACUCCUCCCCCGGUUGUGACUCCUACUUCAACUCCUUGCGAGACUGAUACCCCGACCCCGCCGCCGGUCGAGACUUCUACUCCCUGCGAGACUGAUACGCCUACUCCUCCCCCAGCGUCAUCUACUCCUUGUGAGACUGAUACGCCUACUCCUCCCCCGGCGUCAUCUACUCCUUGUGAGACUGAUACUCCCACUCCUCCUCCCGCGUCAUCUACCCCCUGUGAGACGGAGACUCCUACUACUCCUCCCCCCGCUAGCUCGACUCCUUGUGAGACAUCGACUCCUGUCGUUCCUCCUCCCGCUAGCUCUACUCCCUGUGAGACCGACACUCCUACCGCUCCUCCCGCUACUUCUACUCCCUGCGAGACUUCUACUCCUGUCUCGCCAGUCUCGCCCCCUCCUGCUAGCUCCACCCCCUGUGAGACUUCUACUCCAGUUGUCCCUCCUCCUGCUAGCUCCACUCCUUGCGAGACAGAGACUCCUACUGCUCCUCCUGCCAGCUCCACUCCCUGCGAGACUGACACUCCCACCGCCCCUCCCGCCUCGUCUACUCCCUGCGAGACUGACACUCCCACCGCCCCUCCCGCCUCGUCUACUCCCUGCGAGACUGACACCCCCACCGCUCCUCCCGCCAGCUCCACUCCUUGCGAGACUGACACUCCUACCGCUCCUCCCGCCAGCUCUACUCCCUGCGAGACUGACACUCCCACCGCCCCUCCCGCCACUACCACUCCCUGCGAGACCUCCACUGUCACUCCCCCUCCUGUGGUCGUGACAACUACCUACACCACUACCACCUGCCCUGUGACCUGGUCUACCGUCUCCAGUGGUUCCUCAACCUACACUCACCCCGUGACCCAGACUAGCACUCUCACUGUCACCUCUGUGUUCACCUGCACCGAGGGUUGUGAGCAGCCCACUUCUCCCCCGGCUGUCCCCACCACCCCUGUUGUUGAGCCCACCACUCCUGCUGUUGAGCCUACUGCUCCCGUUGUGGUGCCCAGCUCUUCCGUCGAGGUUCCCCCCAAGGCUACCUCCCCCGCUCCUCAGCCUUCUGGCGUUGAGCCCACCGGAACUAGCCCCGCCCCCGUGGAGUCCUCUUCCGUCCCCGUCAGCUCUUCCACCUCCGCCCCUCCUGCUUCUUCCUCACCUGCUUUCAACAGUGCUCCCGCUCAGUUCCAGAAGUCCAUCGUGGCCUUCAUUCCUGGUCUGGCCGUUCUGUUCGCUCUGCUUUAA